GAGACACUACCACAAUGGUAGUGUCCCCUGGGCCUGGGUCCGAUUCGAAUUUCCUAAUAAGUAUUUCAGUAAUUCUUGAUUUUUAAAAUGCCCCUGUUUUUUCAAUAAUAAUAUUGAGAAUAAGAUCGUAAUAUAAAAUCUUAAUAUAAAAUAGCACUCAUUUAUGUUUUAAGGAAGGAUUAGUACAUUUUCAAUAUAAUUUCCUAGUUGAUGAACAAAUAUACAUUUGUUCUCUUGGAUCAAACAAAUAUUAAUUCUUGUUAUUUCAUAAAUAACAACUAAGAUGCAAUUAAAAUUAGAAGUAUUAUUGGCAAGCAUCAUUACAAAUGUAUCGUUUAUUGAAGAACAGUUCAGAUACAAUUAAUAGCAGAAUUAUUGUUAGAUAGUCUUAAAAUAUAUGUACUUAAUAAUAUCUAGUAAUUAAAAUAAUUUUCACAUAAAAAAAUCAUUUUAUGAUAUAAUUUUAUUAUGUUAUAUACAGAAAUAAAUAAUUAGUCGUUUCAUGGGGCAGAUCCGUAGAAAAACACCAAAAACUGAAAAACGCCGUUUUUCAAUGAAAUGCGACAACUGGAGUAAAAAGAACUGACGUAUACUUUGAAGAAACAGAUAAUCAGUUAAAAAUAUUACGCUUAAAAUUAUCAUCCUUAAAAAAAUAUUUAAAAGAACUAUCAAAAUAUUCAUCAUCAUAUUUAAUUAAUAUUGUUACAAAUAAUAUAGCUUUAAUUAAUAAUGAAAAUAUAAAUCAAGAUUUUCCAUGGAUUAUCGAUAACUAUUUUAAACCAAAUAAAAAUGGAGUAAUAUUUCCCAUAAACAAUCUUAAUACGAAUUGUUUAUUUCUACAAUGCUUAACUAUACAGUAAAAUCAUCUUGAAAUUAUUAAUGGUUCAUGAAGUAAAUUUAUAAAACUUGAGAAGCAUUUUUUACAAGUUAAAAACAAUGACAGACAACGUAAAACAAUCUCUUCAAGAUGAAAAAAAAACAAAUACAACAACUAUUAAUAGUGAUAUGCAAGUACACUUUUUAAAUACUUCUAAAAAACUUUCAGAAGGCUUUUUGAUGAUUUAUAGAAGACCUUUACUCGAUGUGAAUCAAGAAAUCAUUGAUUUAACGAUUAAACAAGAACUAUGCAUUAAAAAACUUCAAUUGGAAAACAAAAAAUUAUGCGACUUUCAAGAACAUUUAGAACUUCAUAAUUUAUUUGCAGCAAUUGAAGCUUGCAAUAGAAAAUUAUUAAACAUAAAAUGCGAUAUCAAGGCAGUUCAUGAAAGAACACUUAAAUUAAAAAAAAAAGUAUUGAAAUUUUAACAUUCUCCAAAACUACAAGAGGAGUAAUGUAUGGAUAAAAACUCAGGACAAGAUUUACAUUGUGAAACGGCGGCACAGCAUUUAUGCUCUCUAUAGAGAGAGGGAGAGAGAGAGGGAGAGAGAGAGAGAGAGAGAGAGAGAGAGAGAGAGAGAGAGAGAGAGAGAGAAAGAAAGUGAAUUUAAACACAAAUGACAACAAAGGACCUAUACUUUCGAAGUAUACGGAUCAACCUGGUCCGUUUCAAUAAACAAUGUUCUCGAUCGUCCUACAUAAUAAUUGAAAAAUAAAUCUGGUGCAUAAUAUUAAAAUAUUAUAUUUGUAACAAUUUCUAAAUAUACUUUUAUUUUGCAAAAA